AUGGAAGAUGGUCCCUCCGUUAUCCAGCAAGGUUUUCUAUGCCCAUUUUGUAUGACGGACCUUGGGAGCUAUAUAGCCUUAGCGAACCAUGUAGAAUCAGCUCACCCAGAAGAUGCCGAUACUCCUGCUUUCGAACAAAUAAGAGGUUUCAUUGAUAAAGCCAAAAGAAGCUUUAAACGCUUUGAACCGGGGAUUGACAUCGAGAAUCUUCGAGAAAAAGUUGGAAACAUUGCAACGAGUGCAUCCGCUGGCAAUAUUCUUCAGAGUGAAAGCUUACAAAGAAGCGUCGAACCACUUCGAAAAACUCGAAGCAAAUCUCGUGAACGUGAAGUUAAGCCAACCAAAGUGAAACCAAUUGAGAUUAUUCAUGUUCGACCGGAGAUUGGAGUCAAACGAUCGCACACGGAUUAUUUUUUACGUUGUCGAGAAGCCUCUGUGAACGAUAUAGCAGUUAGGACCAAUACUUUGAUCAUUCGAAUGGACAAACUAAUUAAUGAAGCCCCACAAGAACACAGUAAACGGAAAGAUUUUGAACGGUUCGUUGUUCCUUGGUCAGAAGAUUCAGAGAGUUCCGCAUGUCCUGGUUGCAACCAAAAAUUCAGUUUAACGAGGAGGAGGCACCAUUGCAGACUUUGUGGUAAAGUGCUCUGCGAAAAAUGUAGUCGGUUUCUUUCAUUUCUCACUGCAAGAAAACUGACAAAUCCUGCCCUUGCCGCUGCAAUGACCGAAGAAAAACAAAAUGCUUCAACUCAAAAGGCAGAAGUGCGUUCGUUGGAUAAACUGGCUGAUUUGGCACAACGAACUGGUGGCCAUUUACGAGGCCUAAUUGGUGGUUCAAAGAGUAACGAUGGCUCAGAAGUCAGUAUCUCAACUCUUCUUCGCCAGGAUGCGGCUGAACAUCUACGUGUUUGUGUGCCUUGUCUUACAUUGCUGGAAAGGCGAGAACAACAAAUGGAAGCCCGAAAUCCGCCUGCCAUGGUGUCACUGUAUGAAAGAUUGGUUGGACUUUUGAGUGAAAUGUCGAAAUUGACACCAAGCUACUCGAGGAUGGCGCUGAGUAUCAAUAACGGGGAAGCAAUUUAUACUUUGCAAGCGGCUGAAGAGUUGAGACGACGCAUUGCCGAACGACAACGAGAAGUUGAUGUGCUAAGCAAGACGAUUGAAAAUGAAGGAGGAGAGGGGCUUCCGUUUCGCGAACAACAACUACGCAAAAAUAUUCGCUUUGUGUCUGUUCAAACUUUGCACAAUUUCAUAAGCAAUAUGCCUAACUUGCCAUCUUCUGAAAAAUAUGCCGAGCUUGCCGAGGAACAUAGGAACAAAGUUGCUAAACAGGUUGAAGAAGCUCGCCUGCAAGCCCAACGGGCCGUCUCAAAUAUCAAAAUUCCAUCGGUACCAAUUGUUGAAACUAAACCAAGUUCUUCAUUUAUGGGACGAGUUGUUGAGGAUGGUUGGACUCCUGAUUUUUCACCAAUAACAAACCCGUUUGCUGAGGAAGAAGAUCGACAACAUCCUUUACAAGAACAACGAGGAAUUCUUCGCGGAUAUUUAUCUCAAGCAGCGGCGGUUGGUCGAUUGGAAGAAGUGGAGAUAUUAGAACGAAAUCUCCGCGAUCUUGAAGCCGAAAUGAGGCAACUUGGCCUCAACUUUGAU